CUAAGGUGUGUUCUGCCGACGCGGGUGGAUAAGAAACCUAUGGCGUUCAAACACCAGGUUUCAGGAACCGGGACUCUUACAGCUGAGAAACAAAAGUGGCUUCUGAAUUCAGUAAAAAGUGGAAAAUUGACAUUUGGUCAGGCUGUAGACGCAAUGAAUGGGAGCUCCAAAACCAUGGAUAACAAACUCCCCGCACACAUACCCCAGCUCAGCAACGAGAUGCAGCUGAGCAUCAUGAACAAGGUAAAGAGUGGAGAGCUGACCAUUGAGGAUGCUCUGAACCAAGCCAGGAGAAAGACAGCCGAGCAGCAGAGGACAGAGGAGGAAAAUUCCUCACAGUACAAUUUCAGUGUCUACAAGUACAACCGCUACAGAUGGCAGAAGCGUAUCUUGCAGAUUGACUUCAACACGAACAUGGUCUGCAGCAUUGAGAAGGGAAUAAUUAAGAGGCAGCUCCCCUUCUCCAGUGUUAAAAGCUGUGACGACGGCGUGGGCUCUAAGUUUUCUAUAUCGUUCCGCGGACGGCACGACUAUGAGCUUGAAGCGGCCUCUCUGGAGGACAAACAGAAGAUUAUGCAGCUGAUUCAUAAAAUAAUCUAUGGAAACAUCUACGAGGUCCCUGAGCCAGCCAGUUCUGAGGCGUGCGACCAGACCCCAGUGAAUCGCAGCAUUCGCCAAGGACAGUUAUAUCUGCAGAGAGGGGGGCUGGCGUCAUUCCGAUGGGUGAAGUUCACGGUACAGCUUCACGAGGGAGAGCUGACCCUGCACCCCUGCGGGCGCCGGGGCGCCGAGGACAGCGACGAGUCGGGCUCCUCGCUCUCGCCCGUGGUCAUCCACUUCUCGGACGGGAACGCCAGCGUGGAGAAGCCGCGCAGCUGCGACACCUUCACGCUGCUCACCAACAAGCACGAGUACCUGUUUCGGGUGCCGGUGACAGAUCAGGCGAAGAGCACGGAGGCCAUCAGGCAGGAGCGGGACGAGUGGGUCCAGGCCAUCGACAGGCUGUGCCUGGAAUGGAAGCGCAAGUCGCAGUUGGAGAACCAGAACAUCUACGAGUGCAUCCGGGAGCCAGGGGCCUGGGGAGGCAGCGGGGAGGCCAGGGGGAAGAGGGGCAGCAUGGUGUUGCCGACGGGCAGCGUGAGGCCCGAAGAGUCUUCUGACGAGGACAAAACGGAGGCCAAACCUCCGUCUCCGCCGGUGCCCCUGUCCCCGAAGCCCGCCACGCCAGUGCCAGUAGUUGUGCCCACAGUGCCUUCACCAGUGCCUGUGCCCGUGCCACAGUUCGCCAUGAUUCCACCACCACCCCCCGCGGCCCCAGCUCCGCCCCCGCUGCCCAGCAAAUUCAACGCCAAGCCGACAUCCAUGCGGACCAAGGCCUUUCACUGGGACGUUGUGUCCCAAGACAAAAUGGGGAAAUCCGUGUGGGCGCGGUGCAGCCCAGAGAAGGUUAAGCUUGACACACAGCGUCUGUACGAGCAGUUCGGCGUGCAGGACGUGGGAAUCCUUGGAGGGGUUGAGUCCAACAGUAACUCCAACAUCAUGCUGAACGAGAAGGUGGCCCAUAACUUCAGUAUUUUCCUCAAAAGUUUCCCUGUGAAGCCGGGAGAGCUCAAGGACAAAUUGUGCAUCGUUAAUGAGGUAGAUGGAGGCCUCACUGAUGAGCACAUUGCGUCCCUGAGGAGGUACGUGCCCACUGCGGACGACAUAGAAAUGUACAAAACCUACAAGGGGCCCGUCUCUGAGCUGCACGUGGUGGACCAGUACAUGCUGGAGAUGUGCAACAUCCCCUACCUGAGCGCUCGGCUGGAUCUGCUGCUGACGCUCAGGGAGCUCCCCAUCAGCAUGGAGGACCUGCAGCCGCUGAUUAACCAGAAGAUCAGAAUGUGCUCGCAGCUGUGCGGCUGCCCGUCGUUCCUCUCCGUGCUGGAGUACCUCCUCGCCGUGGGCAAUUACCUGAAUGAGAACGCCGGGAAGGAAAAGGCCAGGGGAUUUCGGCUCUCGUCCUUAACUAAACUUUCACAGCUCCGUGGGAAAGACAGGAAAUUCACCUUGCUCCAUGCCCUUGUCGACCAGAUCAUGUUGCAUGAUCCCCACUUGGCAACCUUUUUCCAAGAGUUGACGGAAUUUGAAACUGUUCCGGGGGCAUCCAUUAAAGGCCUCAUAGCAGAGGUGGAUGUCCUAAAGAAUGAGCUGCAGAAGGUCAUUCAGUACAAGAAAACACAGAAGAAGAAAAACCAAGGUGCGCAACAUCCAAAGUUUUUGAAAGAUCUGAAGGCAGCGAUUGAGAGGUACGAUGCUGAUCUCUCCCAGCUGACGAAGAGGUGUGAGGAGAUGAAGAAACUGUAUGCUGACGUAUUGGUGAAAUUUGGAGAACCCCCGGAACAGGACUCCCAGGAACUGUUUGGAUGGGUGUGCUCAUUCGUCUCCGAUUUUAGGAGGAUUCACUCCGAAGUCAUGCAGUAACGAUGCACGUGACCAUAUAACGCGCCCUUGGUACUGUGUAGCCGGGUGGAUGUGUGACAUCACACAGGAGCUGGACGUGAGUGAUGCGCGCUUGCAUCCCAGGUGGGAUGCAACCGGAACUGCCUACAUGUACACCCACCUGUAUAAACUGAUGAUAUGGAGCCAGGUGAAAUGCCACAGAGAAGGGGUUGCUCAAAACUAACAAUUAAAAGGAAUUUCACCUUUUGUCCUUGGCAUUUUGAAAAAGAGAAGACAGCCAACAGUUUGGAGUCACUGUUUUUUUUUCACUUGAAUUAAACAGUCCAUAGUAGAGAUAUGCAUACCUCAUCACACUGUUUAUUAGCACCUUUAACGGAUUGGUAUAAAUGAAAUGGAAAUAUCUACCAAAGGAGUUGUUUUUUUCUUUCUUUUAACCAAAUUACCAGAUGUAACUAAAUGUUAUUUUGUGUGAUCAUUUUUUUAUUAUUAUUUUUAUAAUCAUUAUCUGCGAGAUUGUGAGGAUUGUGUGACCAUGCAGUGGGUUUGUGUGUACCGUCCGGAUUUAGUGGUUCUCUGUAAAAGAUUGCCCCUACAGCAGCGUUGGGGCUUCGUCUCCACUUUAAGCUUGCGUUGAUUUAUUAAGGGGCCUCCACAGAUGCGGGGCCUUAACGGGUUUUUGAUCGACCCGCUGCUUGGUCAGGAUUUUCAGGCUUACAGAGAAGAUAAGUUUACAAGCGGCGGGCAGUUUUUCACGAGAUCGGAAAAGGCGGUCUCUCCGACCCUUCCUGCAGAUGAAUUCAGCGGAAUGCAAGCGACACAUUUGAAGACCACCACAGCUGACAUAUCCGUCCCCUGCCAUAUUGAAUCAGGGUGCACCUCCCCAAAGAUCACUUUAGACGCCCGCUGAAGACCGGCAGCAUCGAGUGGUACCACAUGAAACAUCUAGAAUCUCUGAGCAGCCUUGGUCGUGACCUGUAUCUCUUAAUCUUGCAGGAACUGUGCAGAGAACCACUUUGGUGUGGAACAUCAAAAAUACAGGGUGCAGUUUUCCAUCUGUAAACUUCUUUUUUCCCGUCCUGAAAUUGCUGUUGUGGCAUUAUGGGUACUCAGAGCGAGGCUUCAAAAGAUUGAGGAUCUCAGAUUGAUUUUGUCUGAGAUUGAAGAGAGGUCGCUUUGUGCCUGACAUUUUAAUUAGAAGACUGAAAAAGCACUCCUCUAAGUGUGAAUGUCUGGCAUAAUGAACCCAGAACCCACGCUGGGGUGGGUUUUAUAUAUUGCACUGUUCAAAUGUUUUGUAAUACUAAAUUCCAUUUUAAUUAAAUCUUUCUGUUUAAACUGUUUCUAAUACUUUUCACAGUCUGUGGCAGAAGAGUAAAACAGAUACAUACACACUGAAGCGAUCCAACAUAUUUAUCAGACAUGGCUUUGACCAAAUGCUUAUUUGCUUUCAUAUUAACUUUGGUUUAUUUCUGCUAAGUAUGUACUGUACCUUGGCUCUUUUGCAUUAUCUAUUCAGUGUGCAUAUACUGUGCAAAACACACACUGGAUCAUAGCCUAUCUAAUCUUAAUCAGAAUCUAAACAAAACUGCUACAAAUUCCUUGCUUUGAGAUCUCAGAGAUAAACCCAUCGUGUUUGCAAUGUAGUUGCUUGUGUUCAGUGUCCUACACAUUCCCAGUUUCCAUGUGGUUAGUAGAUUAGGUUUUCACAAUCAAAUAUGUUUUUUUUUUUUUACUACAAAAUGCAUUUACAAAUUAUGAUCUCUCCAAAUAUGUUGUGCGGCAGGGAAAGUGAUGCCUUUUUCCGAUUACCGUGGCGCUUCCUUUCACCCUGUGGGUAUGAUGCCAACAAGGUACCUGUAAAGUGACCCUCCUCUCCUUGACAUUUCGGGGUCUGUCGAAAACUUUUACUGUCAUUUUGUUGCUCAGUGCUCCCCUCAAAACCUACUGCGCACGUAGUGUGCGUGUGGUGAGUUCUCAACGUCUAUACACCACUUUGCUGUUCACACAGGCACAGAGGAUCAUCUUGAUUUCCUUUCGCUUCCUACAACUGGCCCAUGACUUCAGAGGCUCCGUUGUGUCAAACGUGAGGCGCUGAAAAAAGCCUGCUUUCAGACUAUCAGUUUUUCAAACCCUCCAUUCAUCUCUUCCAUUAAACAAAAAUGCAAGGUUUACUGUAUGUAAGGCCUUGAAAAUGACUGACAGAUCCAGUGUUUGGAUGUGUCAAGGACUAUGAUCUCUUCCAUUUGUUAUUUCCUUCAUACACUGAGGAAUAAAGAGUUGCGAA